AAAUAUCACAAAGCUUAACAACCAUUAGGUGUGCCAUCUCCAUUCACUCAUUCUCACUUGAACCUCCACUUAACCUUUUUAUUGCAAACAAAAUUCACCUAAUUGUCACUGCCUCAUUCACAUCCUCAUCAAGAAACUUAGCAAUCCCUGUGAAUUUCUUAGGCUAUGGCAUUCGAUUCAUCGGCUGACCCUGUUCGGGAAAUUUCCCUCAAACAAAAGUUUGAUUGCCACUCAUUUGCAGGACUCAAGUUCAUCUUAGGCACCCUUAUCAUACUCAUCAUCAUUUCUCAUGGAGAGGCAUACGAUCCGUUGGAUCCAUUCGGAAACAUAACAAUCAAAUGGGAUGUAGUGUCCUGGACAGCAGAUGGUUAUGUGGCUGCAGUGACAAUGAACAACUUCCAAAUGUAUCGGCAUAUCAUGAGCCCCGGGUGGACCUUGACAUGGUCAUGGGCAAAGAAGGAUGUGAUUUGGUCUAUGGUUGGAGCACAAGCCACUGAGCAAGGAGAUUGUUCCAAGUUCAAAGGAAACGUACCUCACUGCUGCAAGAAAACCCCCACCAUUGUCGACUUGCUUCCCGGAGUUCCUUACAACCAACAGUUCUCAAACUGUUGCAAAGGCGGUGUUGUGGCAGCAUGGGGCCAAGAUCCAGCAGCUGCAGUCUCUGCCUUCCAGGUCAGCGUUGGACAGGCUGGGACUUCCAAUAAAACAGUGAAACUUCCCAAGAACUUCACUCUCCUGGGUCCGGGACCAGGGUACACGUGCGGCCCUGCAAAGAUUGUGCCAUCCACAGUCUUCCUCACUCCAGAUCGCAGGCGAAAAACUCAAGCAUUGAUGACAUGGAAUGUGACGUGUACUUAUUCGCAAUUUCUGGCUUCCAAAAACCCGAGCUGUUGUGUAUCUUUCUCAUCUUUCUACAACAAGACAAUCACACCUUGUCCGACAUGUUCUUGCGGUUGCCAAAGCAAAAAAAACUGCAUCAUGAGCAACUCGAAGAGACUGAACAUGGCAGGAAUCAAUACUCCGAGAAAGGAUAGUACACCGCUGCUACAGUGCACUCAUCAUAUGUGUCCGAUAAGGGUGCACUGGCACGUGAAGCUUAACUACAAGGAUUAUUGGAGAGUGAAGAUAGCGAUCACUAAUUUUAAUUACAAACUGAACUACACGCAGUGGACUCUUGUGGCGCAGCAUCCCAAUCUCAACAACGUGACUCAAGUUUUCAGCUUUGACUACAAGCCUCUUGUCCCCUACCAAUCCAUAAAUGACACUGGCAUGUUCUACGGCAUGAAAUUCUACAAUGACCUGCUAAUGGAAGCUGGACCGUUGGGAAAUGUCCAAUCCGAGGUACUUCUUCAAAAGAACCAGGAAACAUUUACGUUCAAGCAAGGAUGGGCAUUCCCUCGGAAGGUUUACUUUAAUGGGGAUGAAUGCAAGCUUCCACCUCCCGACGCCUAUCCAGUUUUACCAAACUCUGCCAAAGGAAAUCAUAUUGCAUUUUUGACACUGGCAGCUUCGGUGCUGUUGACGUUGCUGUUCAUCUGUUGAUCAUGAACACGGGUUUUUUAGGUUAUGCCAGGAAGAGAAAUUGAGCAAAGCGGUUUUGAAGGAAUGAUCAUCUUUCUCAAGGGAUAGGAGCGAUGGCCAGAUGCAGGAAAAAAGAAGAAGAAAGAAGAUGUUCUAUAUGAAGACAAAUAAAGGUCAAGUUUGUGAACAAUUAAAGAGAAUAUAAAUUCCAUACUAAUUUGUAUUGUAUCAUUACCUAUAAGGUUUGUCUGUAGUACAAAAAUAUAUAUCCCAGUAUAUUCAUCGCA